AUUUUAUCAUCCCUCACAGCAUUCGUGUUACCGUUCAACAACACCACUAUCCAACCCAUCUCUCAUCACAAUGUCUUCCGACCUCCCCACCACCAACGCCGCCGCCGGCUCGCCCCUAACAACCAAAUCCCACGUCCUCGAAACCGGCGCCGCAGCAACCCAGAACUUUGCGCCUGUGUCAUCUAUCUGCGCCCACCUCAACGCCUUCCACGCCUACGUCGCCGACCCGUCUCGUUGCGUCGAAACAAACCACUACUGCGCCCACCUCAACGAGGACGUGCGGCAGUGCAUUUUGUAUGACUCGCCGGAGAAGAACGCGCGGUUGAUUGGGAUCGAGUACAUGAUCUCCCCCCGCCUCUUCGCGACCCUAGACGCAGAAGAAAAGAAGUUGUGGCACUCCCACGUCUUCGAAGUCAAAUCCGGCAUGCUCAUCAUGCCCAAACCACCGCUAGUACCUCAAGUCGCGUGGGAGACCGCCGAGACGGCUGAGAUGGAGGAAGUUUGGAACCCUGUUCUCCUUUUCCCACCUUCCUGAGUCUUCGUACCGUGAGAUACUGGUUGCUGAAUACUAUUUCAGGUUGUGCAUUUGUACGGCAAGGUUUACCACCUCUGGCAGACGGACCGGGGGGACAAAGUGCCGUUGGGCCCGCCGCAGUUGAUGGGGAGCUAUACGGCCGAGGGACAGAUGGAGCAAGUGAAGGGGGGCGGG